CAGGUCUUUGCUAUUGACAUGACCAGUAAAACUGCUUACUUUCGGACUGCAGUAACCAGAUCAGACUUGACUGGUAAAACAUGGCAGCCGAUCAUCUUACAUGAAGAUUUAUCUGCACUUGAACAGCGGGGUUUCUUGUCUGAGGGAGCCGUAUGUUACUGCGGUGAACUGGACAAGUACUGUGCCUUGCAUGAUGAUGGCCGUCAUCGUUCCUCAACCACCACCAGCAGCAGCAGUACCAUCAUGGAGUAUGAGGAGGAAGACAACCUACCUUCAUUCUACAGCUUAUCUUCUCACCUUGAUGCUACUCCACCAGCCUGGUCUCAUUUUGCUGUGGAGGAUGACAAUGUCAUCUUUGAACAAAGCGAUGACUCUCCUCCAUCACCCAAUGAUGAAAAGAUUUUAUUUCAAGUCCAGUCCUUGGCUGCCUACCAGAUAGCAUCGAACCAAACAAAUAAUAAGCAGGGUUACGAAACUAACAUUCGAACCAAGACAACCGAAGAGUCACAUGAUGAUCUCUCACUUUUGGCCUCAACGCUGGUGCAUCAAUCAUCCGAUGUCUUAACUGCAAUUCCUCAUUCAUCCUCAUCCAGUUGCCAGGAGAAUGCACCAAUUACUUCUACAUCUGAUGUCUUAACUGCACCUCCUCAUUUAUCCUCAUCCAGUUGCCAAGAGAAUGCAUCAAUUACUUCUACAUCUGAUGUCUUAACUGCAGCUCCUCAUUCAUCCUCAUCCAGUUGCCAGGAGAAUGCAUCAAUUACUUCUACAUCUGUCUUAACUGCACCUCCUCAUUUAUCCUCAUCCAGUUGCCAGGAGAAUGCAUCAAUUACUUCUACAUCUGAUCAAUCAAGUGAAAUUGUACAAUGUGUUUCAUAUGAAAAUUUAGCUCUAUGUAAAGAUAUAAGCAAACCUGAAAACAAGGUGACUAGUGAUGCAACUCUCAAUUCAUCAAUUUCAAAACUAUUGAUGAACAUCCAUAGCUCAUUACCAACUGCUGUGCUCUGUCAUGAUACCAACACACAAGUGGUUGAUAAACAUUUUCACAACACAUUGCAGGGUGAAGCAACACAAAAUUUAAAGUCUUUGUGUCCUGAUCUGAACACCCAUAGCUCGUUACCUACUGAUGUGCUCUGUCAUGAGACUAACACACAAGACAUUGAUAAACAUUUUCACACCAAAUUGCAGGGUGGAGAAACAGAAAGUUUAAAGUCUUUGUGUCUUGAUCUGAAAGGAACUAUUAUUUUAGAUGCUCCCUCUUCACCAUCAGAGAAACAAUCAACAGACUUACAAGAGAAGAAGUCUUUAAGACCCCAGAGGAAAAAAUUAGUCUCUUCCUCUAAUGAUAAUGAUAUUGUCUUUGAAAGGUUGAAAGGAAAAAGAAAAGUUAGACGCAAGUCAUCUGUGAGCACUGAGAACAAUGUUGUCAAUGGAUCUCCCAGUGGGGACACUCAGCUGGCCAGUUCAGAUUCCCAGCUCUCACUUGACACUUACUCAUUUUCAUUCUCACUGACAAAUAAUUCCAUCAGUUCUGAUUCCACCAGUCAAGGUUCCACAUGUUCUGAUUCAGUUAGUCAAGAUUCCACUUGUUCUGAUUCAUCUAGUCAAGAUUCAACCAGUCCUGUUCUCAACAGUCAAGAUCCCAACAGCCAACCCCACCCAGAUUUAGAUGUAAUAGAUUAUUUGCCACCGAGUACCAAUUAUUUUACUGAUAUAGCUAAUUUUACAGGAGAUCUUAAUAUGCACAGUAUGCCAUUCCUUAGUGUGGACUAUUACUCUGGAGAGACUCCAUUGUCAGAACAUCAGGACAUUCACUUAAAUAGUUCACAAGAAUCUACAAAUGUGUCAACUCCAAAUGUAGAGUCAGUUCAAACAGGUUUACCGGCUAAUAGCGAUUUAGUGUCAAUUCAAACAGCUUUACCAAUUAAUAGUGAUUUAGUGUCAGUUCAACCAGCUGUGAUAGCUAAUGGUGAUGUAGAAUACUAUAGUUUAACAAAGGAUAGUCAUCAGCUGUUAAGUCUUGAUUCAAAUUCAUAUGCCGAUGACAUCAUCAACUUCGCAACUGACAUCAUUUCUGAGGAAGAAAAAUCUAGGCAAGCCAUUAGUUUUCAGCCAGUUGAAGUUAUUGAAUAUGAUGUAGAAAGAACAGUUACAGCCAGUCAGCCCAGUAUUAAUAUCUUAACAGACUCUCAGGUGGGGGUCGGUGACUUUGAUCUUACAGCAGUUGAGUUUACUAAUGGCCAGCUGAGAGAUUAUCUCCCACUGGCUGAACUUCAUCCCUCCAGAAAGUUAUCAAAAUACCGCAAGUCCCCUUCCUUACAAUCACCUGUGACAAAGACAGAAAUCAACACCAUAACACAGGUCAGUGUGGCCCAGCCUCGGCUUUGUUGGAAAUGGCUGGAUGCCACCAGUUGCGUCAUCGACAACCCAGCUUCUGUAGCAUGGCUGUCCAGUACAAAUAAGGGUUUGUUCUUCUUUACUUUUUAAAAAAAAUCUUAAAGGGAUAGUUUGAGCAACUUUUUACAAUAUUUAAAUAACAUUUGUUUUACUUUUUCAAAUAAUUUAUCUUAACUUGAUUUGACUGUUGAUAAAUGAUUGUUUGACAAAGGAAACCUUUGCUGACUUUGAGGAAGUCAGUUUCAGGAGAUAGCUCAACAAAAAUCACAUUUAACAUCAUCUUAGUUACUAUUUCAUGACACAAGGCACCAACAAGGUUGACCUUGGCUCAAUGAGCUGAAUUAUGCCGUUCUCUGCCAGAAUAUAAUAUAAAUAAAAUUCAAUAAAAAGAGGGGCAAGGAAACCCUUGGCAUUUACUUCUACUUGUUUGAAAUGCAGUUUUUUUACAAAGAUUAAAUGUUUUUUCUUGUCUAUGAAGGAUGUGCAAAAUAAGUGGUUACUGGUGCAAAAAGUCUACAAUGUUGUUAACAGAUGUUAAGGGGGAAGAUGAUUCUAGUGGUAGAUAAUAUAGGGAAAGGAAAAUGUGUUUGCUGUUUGUUGUGAAGAUGAUGCUUUGAUGUAAGUGAUAGAUGCUCAAUAAUUUAUUACCUGUAACUGCCAUUUGCUCCUUACUUUGAAACUGUUAAAACUGACAAGUAGAAUUUGCUACUUUUUCCCUACUUAAGAAUCAGAACCUGCGCAAAAAGUGUCAAAGAUCAGCCAGUCACUCAGGGAUGACAUCAUGAGAAAACUUGUCAAGAGAAAUGAGAGAGAAUCCCAAGGUUUUAAGCAAUUAGAACUAGCCAUUAACAGGGUGAGUAAUUAAUAUUUUAUUGCCAUUUAAUUGCUUAUUGUUUUACUAUCCUUGUGCCACUGCAUGUGAAUUUCUUCACCAGUUACGAAUAAGCAUAGUGAGAACAAAGAAAAUGAUUUCCAGUUCCACCUGGCUGGUUGACACAUAUUGCUAGCCCCAUGACUCUUUUGAUAACAAUCCUCUUUAUACUAGUUCCUCUGGCUCUGUUCUGUUUUUAAUAGAUAUUUUAAAUCUCACUAGUAAGUUUGUCCAGCAUAAUUUUUUUAUUUUACAUACGUGACAUCUCAUUCUGUCGAUUCAGUUUUCCUUGUGCAUCUUAGUUGAUGACACAGUGGUACAGCUGGGUUUACUGGUGGGGUUGUUAGUGAGGGAAAUAAGAAAAGGGGAUAAAAAAAAAAACUCUACUCCUUUGCUAAAUGUAGGAUGGGAUGGGGGGAAGUUGUUGGGGCAGGGCACUUCAGCAAUUAGACUCUGAUCAAUAGAUGGCAAGUGGUUGUUAAAUUCUACUUAUUAGUUUUAUGCCUAUGUCACUAUGCCCACGAUUUUUCAUUGCUAAAAAAAUUAUUUUGUGGAUAAUUUACAGAUUAAAAUUUCAUACUAAAAAGUAGGAAAAAAAAAAAAAUUAAUUUAAAAGAAAAAAAAGGUUUUCUUUCGAAGUCAAGUUUAAGAGCACCAAAAAGUAGAAAAUAAUUUUCUUAAAAUUCAUUACGCAAAGAAAGUCUGUGCAUAAUAUAUUUUCAACAGUUAGAAAUAAAAUACAUAUCUAAGUUACUUCUACAUUUAAUUGGAAUCCUUUGGCUUUGGCUUCUUAAAGUACCUUACUAACCACCUGCAAAUACUUUCUUUGCAUAAUGAAUUUUAAGAAAAGUAAUGUAUAGUUUUUUAAGGGCCCUUUUACUUGACUUCGAAAGAAAAUAUUUUGAAAAAAGACUUUUAAAAUACAUUUUUUUAGUGCUAGCUACAUAGUUUUUGCUGUUGUGAGAGAUCUUUGAAAUUAUAUAAUUUUAUACCCAAGAAAUUGUUCAACAGUUUGCAUACACAUUUCUUCAUUAUAAGAAUUUUAAAAUAAUGAAAUACGCCUGACUCUGAAGUCAGCCUCUGCUCUUUGAGAAUUUUCAUCUAUCAAAUUUUGGCACAAAUGACUCAAAUAAUACUUGAAGCUGUCAGUAUUUCAUAUAAUAAUAUGAAAUACUGACAUUUCAAUGAAAAUUCGUAAGAUAGACGUUUGAUCUUUUUUAUGGUACAAAUUUAUAUUCAUGAAUCAUUUCAUCAGGCCUUAGCUUGUGAGAAUGCUAGAAAAAAGAAAUCUGAUUGAAAAUUUGACAUCCUAAAAGGUGUAAUUAUUAUCAUGGGAGAACGUGCGUAAUGGUACGAAAGUUUUUCUUGUUAGUUAUUGUCUCAUAUAGUUUAUAUAUCACCCAGACAGUAACACUGGAUUUUAAAUGGUUAUUAAUUUUUAAAAUUCAUUUUCUGUUCUUGUAGACAACUUGGGUAAAAAAAGCAAACAUGCAGAUGUACAGAUAUGACCGUCGUCAUCAUUGGGUUCCUUGCAGUGUGGAGUUUGAACAGGCUAUCACCAAAAAUUCCGAGGGCUGCCUAACUGUACACUAUCAACAUAAGAAAACACAAAAGGUGACACUACAAUGCAUCAUACAACAGUACACAAUGUAAUCUUAAAUUUUAUCAUGCUAUCAAAACUUCAUUCAUAUAACUUCACAAUAAAAAAAAGUGUUUGGGGGGGGGGUUUGGAUAAGAGAUUCUGUACUGAAUGAAAUCUUGGAUUCUAAAUCAUUUAAUUUUCAAAUAGAAUUAUUGUAGGUAUUAUCCCACACAUUUUUAUUUACAUGUAGCUAGAAAUAAACAAACAUCUUUUACUUGUAUGAAACUCUGGCCAGAAUAAUACAUUCUAAUUUUGCUGUUUAAAACAAGAUAAUGUAAAAUUUUAGUUAAAUAUAGGCCAGCAUGCUAAAGUCUAAUUAUAUCUUUUAUAUCAAAUGCAUGUUCACGUAACUCACUAUAUUUCUUUUGUUCAGCAUACACAGAUCCCAUUAAGUGAAAUGACUUGUGUGAGAACAUGUUUUGACCUAGAUCAGCCUUCCACAUUGAACAUCCACACAGCUAUGUCUACAAUCAUUCAUCAACCACUUGUCCUGAAAGCUAACUCAGAGAGUGAAGCUGAUGAAUGGGUCAGUGUGCAUAUAUUGCACUUUCAGCUCAAGUCCCAUAUAAAAAUUUUCUACUAUUGAAUUUUACCAAUAUACAUAAUACUUUUCAUAACUUAUAUCAAAAGACAUUAAUACCUGCUCACUUGACUGAAAGUAAAUAUUCCCCUACUGCAUUCAGUGAAAUCUGAUCCAUGUUAAUAUUCUUCCACCAAUAUAAUCUGAUCCAUGUUAAUAUCAUCACAGUUUAAACUGAUUCAUGUUUUCACUACAGAUGGGCCACCUAUGUGCAGCCAAAGCCAGUGUCUUGAACAUAAACAAUGCCAUCUCCCCUGGCUCCGUCUGGUCAUGUACAUUUACUGGUGAUGUCUUUGUCAGCCCAGCCAGCUCUACUUAUAGGAAAUCAUUUGAUUUGUAAACCCUCAAAUAUUUAUGCUUACUAAUUAGUUUCUAAUAUUCAUGAUUUUAAAUCCCUAGGUUUUUUUCAUCCUGAAAAAUUCAAUAGAAUAAAUACCACUUGUUUAAAUAAAUGCAGUACAAUUAAAAUCUUAUUUAAGUUUUUAAAUAAAAGGUUAAAUGUCUAUGUAACCCAUAUUUUAAAUGAAAUGUUAAAUAAAUCCUUGGAUAAAUAAACCAAUAGAUGAAUACCAUUAAAAAAACAUUGGUUAACAUUUAUAAAAGUUUUAUUCUUUUAUUAAAUUAAGAAUCGCUUACAUAAAGAGUGUUCUAUUAUGAUUAUGCAUAGAAACGUGGCAAACUAUUUAGCAUGCAAGUCAAAAUGAUUGAGGUGAUUUAGUUCUAUGGAUCAUAAAAUGUGUUGGUUUAUAAGGGGAUUGUUUUCUUCCAACAGAUGCUGGGGUCAACAUGGAGGGCAUAUGGCUCUAGUGGAGACUGGGCCUAGUGGGGUUACCUGGGGCAUUGGGUUUGACAAAAUACCUCAUGUCUACAACAACGGCUAUGGAGGGGCAGUAACUUGUGGUAAUUACUUAAAAAUUAACAGUGGAUUAUCAAACCUUCUCCAGUAACAAAAUAGUUGUAUCUAAAUUUCUUAAUUAUUAAUUUUUUUUACAGGAAGACUCAUUGCCAUAUCACAGAGAGAUAUACAUAAAUACAAAAAUAAUUAAAUCCUUUUUUAACAUGUUGCUGUUAAUGUAAUAAAAGCUAUGUUGUAAAAACAGACUUAUUUGGAUGAUUGCCUGACUGACAGCCUGCUAUGAAAGGUUAAAUGUUUAGCUGGUUAAAUGUGUUGGAAUAGCAUGCAAUUAUAGCUCAGGAAGUUUGCUCUCUUUGCCCAGGUUCUAGUGCUAUGUCAGAUAACACAAUGCCGAUAACAGAUUAUCAGCACAUGUACGUUUACGAGAAUGAGAAAUGGUUUCCAGUAGUUGGAUGGUGUUGCAAGUAAGGAAAUUUAUAAUUUAUCUAACUUAAGUUUUUCCAAUUGAAAGUAACUUUAUAAUAGGUCAUUAAAGUUAUUUAUGGUUAUUGCUAUAGUAUUGAUUUAAUUACACAAUUAUCUAUAAUAAAGUCAAGCUUUUUUAUAUGUCAAUUCAAUUAAAUGAAAUAAAAAAUAGAACACGCUACAGUAGAAUCAGUUCAAACAAACUUACAGAGUUUAAAAUAAUAGUUAUUCGCAUUGGCCAAUUUUGGCAUCAAUGACUGAGCCAAUGUUCAUUGUGAUUUAGGGGAGCCAAUGUUCAUUGUGAUUUAGGGGGGCAGCAAUAAACUGAAUGGAGGGUCACAGGUGACCAGUAGAUUAUUUACAAGGGAAUACAAACAUUUUUCAAGUUCAAGAGAUGGAGCCUUAUGCAACUCUUAGAUGAUUUAAUUGCUACUAGUGCUGGGUUGCUGAGUGGUCUCAACUGAGUUAAUCCCAACCCUAAAAAUUUCAGUAAACAUCUUGUGCACCAUAAAGUAAAAUCAUUAAUAUGUUUUUGUACAGUUUGUCAAAUCAUCAAAAUACAUAAUUAUCUUAUGUAAAAAUGUUACGAUCAGCUAAUAUCGCUGAUGCUUUCACUAUAUAUAAUAAAAUUCCCGGUAAAUGUGCUAAAUGAGAUACUUGAAACUACCACAAGUGUGUUUAGUGCGUACUAUUUUCUUUUGUUUUCAGAAAUAAUUGAUGUAAUAAAUCUGCGGUGUAUAAUGGGGUGGGAAAUUUGAAUAUAGUUGGGGGGGGGGGGGAGCACUAAUUGGGAAUCAAGGUUAAUGAUGAGAAUUCAGAAUAUCUUUGUAUUAUUGUUAGAAGUUAAAACUUUCAUUUUGAUAUAACGGUUCAUGUUUUGUCAAAUAAAUUUAUUAAAUGGUAAGUUCACGCUACAUUUCUGGCACUAUUGUUUGGAUUGCUAUAGCUAAUAAUAUAUUAAUUAAAGAGGAGUCAGAAAAUGCAAGUUUGAAGUAUCAGCACUAUGUAAAUAAUUAUUUUAUUUUCAGGGGUGUUUUCACUGAUGAUUUUCAUUGGCUGACAGAGUCUGGCAGGAGUGUAGCCUCAAAAGAUUCUGUCACUCUUCCAUCUUCCAAAUGGGAAUGGGUAUGAAAAAUAUAUUUAUAAGUGAUCGCGUAAACUCUACAAAAAAUUUGUCAACUUAAGUUGGACUUGUCUGUUUUGUCUCCAUGCAUUAAGAUGUACUGAAAACUGGGUAAAUCAAUUAAUUUAUAAAACAUUGCAUAUACUUUCAGACAAGUGAUUGGACAAUAGAUUUCAGCACCCCUGGUGGCGUAGAUAAGAAUGGCUGGCAGUAUUCCAACUAUUUAUAUGGGUGAGGAUUUAUUAAGAAUAGACUGGUAUAAUUAUGUUAAUUUAAUUAAUGAUGCCCUAUACGACAUAUCCAUUGGUCGGCAUAUAUUAUAUCAUAGAUCUUUUUUAUGCCUUUCAAUUACGGUAUUUUAUAUAUAUUUUAUAUAUAUAUAUUGAAUGACUUCGUCAAGAAAAAAUGCUUUCAAUGAUAAUGAUUAAUAUCUCCUGUUUUGUAGACCUUUUCAUUCUCGACUACACAUGAGAGAUUCUUACAGGAGGCGUCGUUGGACAAGGUAUGUGGUAAUGUCAAGCUGUCUGUAAAUCCUAUUUUGAGACUUUGUGAUUGAUACAAAUAUAAUCAAUAUAGACACAAUACCUUGAAGUGGUUCCUCCAAAACUGAUGUGAACUAAACACUUAAUUUUUUAUUGAUUAUGUUUACUUAUAUAAAUUGUGUCUUUAAUAGACAUGAGUUUGCAGUAGAGACAAAUAUGUUUACAGUUUAUCCUCACUACAUUCAGAUUCCUAUGUCAUAUAUCUCUAACAAACUGAUGUUAAAAUAAUAAGGAAUACAUUUUGGCCCAUUCAGGGUUAUUGCCAAAAAAAAAAUUAAUUUGAGAAUGAUGAGAAAUGACUGAAUCAAAAGUUUUAAUGGUUUCUCUUCGAAUUUACUUUGAAGGUUAUAUCUUUUCAAAUUGUUUUAUUGUUUAUAUUUGCAGGAGAUGUAGAUUAAGUUAUUUGGGUCCAUGGCAGACUGAAGAUUCCCUUGGAUUAGUUGAUAUUUCUGUACAGAUUGACCCUUUAGACAAGGACACCGACACUGUUGUGGUGUGGGCUGUUGGGGCCACUGGGGAAGUUGUAUAUCGUUCUGGUGUAACAUCUAUGCAGCCUAUGGUAGGUACUGAUCACAUCUUGUCUAAAUAAGUUUGCAUUUAGUCAACUUUAUCAAUGAAUGUUGCCACAAUGGACUGACUGGAAAGUUGUAACUACAACAAUGAAACUAAUUUUAUUUGCAAAUAAUAUUUGUAUAUUUUCUUACUCUCCAGGGCCAAAGCUGGGUUCAUGUAGCCACAGACAUGGACAAACCAUUCAAGUCCAUCUCCAUUGGAGGGAAAUAUCGAGUAUGGGGCAUUGCCAGUGAUGGAUCAGCUUGGUUUCGUACUGGUGUCAGUCCCUCAAACCCUGCAGGUAUGUCAGUCCCCAGAACCCUGAAGGAACUGAGAAACUAAUAUUAAAUAUCAUGGUUGCUCAAUGCCAGUGAUGGAUCAGUUUUUAAAGUUAUGUGUGUAGUUUAUAAUUGAUCUUUGACAAGUGUAAUCAAUAAAAUGCAAUCAGUUUGAAACAGACUACCAUUGAAUGUUUUUUUCAGGUACAUGCUGGCUGCUGGUAGUUCCACCUCCAGAAUGUGAUUUUCUCCUACAUCAGGUGUCUGCCGGGGCAACCACGGUGUGGGCCGUUGAUACAGGGGGUGAGUUCAUUUUGUGGCUCAUGAUUUGUUCAUUAUAGAUAAACUUGGUAAAUGCAGACACAAUGUUCAAUGUGAUUACACAAGGUUAAUAAUCAGAAUUAGGAAUAUCUUUGUUUUUUUGUUAGAAGUUAUAACUUUCAUUUUGAUAUUGGCUUAUUGAAAUAACUUGGUUCUAUUUACACUGUUUACAGUGCUGCACUGCUGUCUUUGUUUUUCUUGUUUAAUCUUUGUAAAUGAGUACCUUUUUGUUACUCUGUUAUCUAUUAAUUUUAUUUUGUAAAAUUUAGCCAUUUAUUUCUGUCAUUUAAGAAAAAUAAUUACUUGAUAAACCUGAUAAGCUAGAAUUUAGUUAGCUGUGAACCCAGUAUUGUUGGUUUUAUAAUAAAAUCAAAGUUGAAUAAAACAUUUGAAAUAAUCCGUGAGAAAAAUGAUGUAAAAGGAACUUAGUUCAACAUUUAUAUUGCCCAUAGACUUAACCAGCAAGAGUUUAGUUGGUAUAAUCCAGUGGGUAAGCUUUUCUUGACAUUAUUUGUGUAGACAAUCUGUGGCACAGACAGAAUAUAACUCCAACAUUUCCUGAGGGAACAGGGUGGGAAAAGGUGGCCAGUCGAGUCAAACGUGUCUGUGUUGGGCCUAAGGAUGAGGUAAUGUAUAUUGAGUUGCUUAAAGAUGUGGUCACAUGAGUUUGUGUCAUCACUAAGCUACGUCUUAGUUGUAUUGAUCAAAUAUUAAACUAAAAAAAAAAAGUUACCUCAAGAAUUUACUGAUUUGCUUCAUUUUUCUAUAUGUCUGAAUAACCGAUGUAGCUUAAAAUUAAGGUUUACUUGUAUUGUCAGUUGUAAUUGUAAUAAUUAAAUUUGAAAAUGUCACUCUGCCAGAUCCUCUUCUCUAGCUAUUUUGUCUGUAUGUUUUAUUUACAUUACUCUCAUGUCGUACAGCUUCUCUGCCAUGUAAGUAUUGUGAAGACUGAUCAAUUAUUUCCACAGACCUGGAUUGUUACUGAUGCACUUUUUUCUAAAGCUAAGCAUGGCCCAGGUGUCGUCUAUAAGAGACUUGGUAUUUCACCAUCAAAACCUACAGGGACAGAUUGGGAGGUAGUAAUUGGGGUAAGUUAUUUUCACUUUAUUUAUUGAGUUAAGAUACUCUAGCACUAGCUGUAAUAAAUGGGGUAAGUCAUUUUCAGUUUAGUUAUUGAGGUAAGGCAUUCUAGCUGUAAUCACUGGGGUUAGUUAUUCAAGAGUAUGUGGGUACAUCAGAGGGCUGUGGGAUCAAAUCCAUGCCAGACAUGAAAGUGAGAUGACAAACUGGAACUAACAAUGAAUAUGUAGAUAUCUUAGAAUGGCAAGGUACUUUAUUCUACAAAAUAUAAACAUAGACAAUAGCAGUUACUGUCUUUGCAAUAAAUUAUAUGUUCUAUUUAUCCCCCACCAGCAAAUGAUGUGAGAUGAUUGCUUUCAUGUUUUUUUUUUAAAAUAAAGAUAGCUAGAUUUCUCCUUUUUAGUGCCCCUUUUUCUACUCUUUUCUUAUUUGCUUAGAGUGGCUGGGCUCAUGUUUCAAUUAGAGGAUUACGAGAAGAUGGAAAUAAGUCUGGCAAUGAUGAAGAUUCAUGGGACUGAAUAUGGAACUUCCACACUGCUGGCCGAUUUGGAAAUGAUCAUGUCAGGACUAAUACAAACAUAAUAAUAGUGUUCUAAUACAUUGACUACCAAAGUUCCAAUGCAGUAUUAAUUUUUUUAAUUUGUUGCUGUGUGAUAAGUGCAGAAAUUGAACUGUGAUCCUG